AUGUUAGGAAAUGUUCAUGUUUAUUGUGAAAAUAAUGAUGUAUUUGAUUGUAUGCUUAAUCAAACAAAUGUUGAAAAUAAUAAUAAUAAAUUUUAUUUAAUUCAAUUACUUGAAGACAAUGAUUGUAAAAAAUAUUAUGUUUGGUUACGUUGGGGACGAGUUGGAUAUAAUGGACAAAAUAAUUUAGAACAUUUUGGUUGUGAUUUAGAUGGAGCAAAAAGAUUUUUUUUGUCAAAAAUAUUUGAAAAAGUUGAUGAAAACAAUAAAAAACAACUCGUAGCUAUUGAAGAAUUAAAAAGUCUACCUGUACCAGAAUCAAAACUUGAUAAACGUAUACAAAAACUUAUUCAAUUAAUAUGUAAUAUACAAGCUAUGGAAGAAGCUUUACUUGAAAUGAAAUUUGAUGCAAGAAAAAAUCCUCUUGGUAAAUUAAGUUCAACACAAAUUAGAGCAGGUUAUGCAGCAUUAAAAGAAAUUGAAACAUAUAUAAAAACAAAUAAAUUUAAUUCUGCAUUUAUUGAAGCAAAUAAUACUUAUUAUUCUCAAAUUCCACAUGAAUUUGAUCGAAAUGCUCCACCAUUAAUAGAAACUAUUCAACAAUUAAAACAUGAAAUUGAAUUACUUGAAGCACUUGAUAAUAUUGAAAUAGCAUUUACAACAUUAAAUACAGAUACAAAUACACGUUUGAAUCCAAUUGAUCAACAUUAUGAACAAUUAAAAUGUAAAUUAUAUCCUAUUGAAAAACAUGAAGAUAUUUAUAUAUUAAUUGAUAAAUAUCUUCAAUCAACACAUGCAACAACACAUCAACAAUAUAAAAUGGAAAUAGAACAUAUAUUUAAAGUUGAAAGAGAUAAUGAAAAUCAAGUAUUUAAAGAUGUUGGAAAUAAAAUGCUUCUUUGGUAUAGACAAAACUUCGUUUUUUUUUUAAAUAUUAAAUAA